AUGGCUAGCCUCGCAGCAUGCAGAGCUCGCCUGAUGAGCGGUGCUGGGGCAUACUCUUUCUCUCUCAGGCGUACUUCAUCAUCGCGUUCUCCCAGAGCUGGGAUGGUUUCGACCACUAUAGCAGAGCUCGCACGACCUGCUGCAGAAGAUCCGAAAACAAGCACAACCACAGCAUCAAUCACUGAUGUCCAGCACCUGUCUUCUUACAACUGGAUUGACGCACCGGAGCCUACCAUUGUGGUUCCAGGCGCUCCUCGCCUAUGGAGUCCACCAAGAGAUCACCAGAGGGUGCCCAAGGACUCUGGCCGUGUCUACGCAAACCAGAAUGCUGCUCGUCACCCAGACAGUCCACUCGAGCCCCUUUUUCGAGCAUUAUACAUCGAAAACCCGUCUUUUGACAUAAGCUCGGUAGAUCUGGUGACUGAUAGAAAUAGUAUUCGCAAGCUUCUGUCCUUCAUUAACCCAAUGUUGGCCAAAAACGGGCUUGAACCUUUCAUCAUCAACGUUGAGGUCACUAAAAACACUGCCAUUUUCUGUCGCACAGGCACAGACGCUGUCCAAUUUAUUGGACCAAAUGAUUUCGUUGGCUAUGGAAAGGAGUUCGAGAAAGCUUUCACCAUUAGUGAGGUAGAAAACAGUACCGGAUACCACAGAAUUAUCUCAUACCGGUUUGGUGAUAUAAAGUUGAUGGUCCGCUAUGAAACGGACGGAUACAUUGGUUUAACUUCGAAGGCACCAAAUAGGAGUACGAGAGUAAAAAAUGACAACCAGUCCGAGAUGACAGUACCUAUGACUCUACCCUCUCUCGAACGUCGCAAUCAUGCCGCUUCUGUCGGGUCGAAGUUGGUGAUCAAAAAAGACGGCAAAGCAGUACCGAAGGAUUCAAUUCUGGAGAUCAAAACACGUGUCUUUCACAAGCCCAUCGACCUUCAGGAAGUACUUCCCCAGCUAUGGGUCUCUCAGACUCUCAAUCUCGUGCGUGCUUCCCAUAAUUAUGGUUUAUUUGAGCGGCCCAAAGUCGAAGGCAUUACAGAUGAAAUUCGGGAAUGGGAAGACAGUCACCAACGCGAUCUCAAAAAUCUAGUCACACUGAUUAAGAAGAUCAUUGAUGUGGUGAAGAAAAGUGACGGUAGCGCUGUUGUCCAAUAUGACAACGCAAUUGACAGGUUGUUGGUUUCUAAGGCUGAUGGAAGAAAAAUGUUACCAGACGACCUCUACCUUAAAUUUGAAAGUGGGAAGCCCAUGUCCGGAGCUCAGGAGGCACACUCAAAUCACAAUCAAAGACGACUUAAUAAUUGA